CGGUUUUCUUGGAAAGCUAGGGUAGCCAUUUUAGUUACUGAGCGGAGGAUCUCGUUCCUUUGCUUCAUUUUCUGGGCUGUUUUGCUUCACUUGCGGGAAUGUCCGGAGACACUUUAAAGAAAGCUAUAGAAAUCGUCACGAAGGCUACAGACGAAGAUAAGGCUGGAAAUUACGAGGAGGCGCUUAGACUUUACGAACAUGGAGUGGAAUACUUUCUGCACGCCAUUAAAUAUGAAGCCCAUGGAGAGAAAUCUAAAGAGAGUAUCAGACAGAAAUGUGUCCAGUACCUCGAACGAGCUGAAAAGCUGAAGCAGUAUGUAAAAGGAAAAAACAAAAAGAAGCCUGUGGCAUCUUCUGGAGGAGGAAAAGAAAGCAGCAAAGGUGGUAAGGAUGGUAAAGAUGAGAGCAGUGGUGAUGAAGAUGAAGAUGCAGAAACAAAGAAACUUAGGGGGCAGUUAAACAGUGCCAUUGUUAUGGAGAAACCCAAUGUUCAGUGGUCUGAUGUUGCUGGCUUAGACUCGGCAAAGGAAGCUCUAAAGGAGGCUGUUAUUCUUCCAAUUAAAUUCCCACACUUAUUUACAGGGAAGCGUAAACCAUGGAGUGGAAUUUUGCUUUAUGGGCCUCCUGGCACAGGAAAAUCAUAUCUAGCAAAGGCUGUGGCAACUGAAGCAAACAACUCCACAUUUAUAUCUGUGUCAUCAUCUGACUUGGUGUCCAAAUGGCUUGGAGAAAGUGAAAGGCUUGUAAAACAACUGUUUGAGCUAGCACGUGACAAUAAACCAGCCAUUAUCUUCAUUGAUGAAGUGGAUUCCUUGUGUGGCUCCAGAAGUGAAAAUGAAAGUGAAUCAGCAAGAAGAAUAAAAACAGAGUUUCUGGUUCAAAUGCAGGGUGUUGGUGUUGACAAUAAAGAUGUACUUGUGUUAGGGGCCACUAACAUUCCAUGGACUCUCGAUUCUGCCAUCAGGAGAAGAUUUGAGAAGAGGAUCUACAUUCCCUUACCGGAAGCAUCAGCAAGAGUGAAGAUGUUUGAACUGCACAUGGGAAACAUCAAGCAUUGUAUACAGUCAACACAGUACAGAGAACUAGCAGAGAAAACUGACGGGUAUUCUGGCGCAGAUAUCAGUAUAGUAGUACGUGACGCCAUGAUGCAGCCGGUCAGAAAAGUUCAACAAGCAACGCAUUUUAAAAUGGUGAGGGGACCCUCUCCACAAGACCCAGACCUCAUACUGGAUGAUCUAUUAACUCCGUGUUCACCAGGGGAACCCGGAGCGCAGGAAAUGACGUGGAUGCAGGUGCCAGGAGACAAGUUACUAGAACCUGUCGUUAAUUUGACGGACAUGCUGCGAUCAUUGGCGACUUCCAAACCUACAGUGAAUUCUGCAGACCUGAAAAAGUUCGAGGACUUCACCAGAGAUUUUGGGCAGGAAGGAUAGAGAAAGGGAGUCUGGAAACCAAUGCCGCUCUCUCUUGUUUAUUUCUUCGGCUCCAAAAAUAAUGAAACUAAUCAUAAUUUGUCUUCUGAAUAGCUGAUUGUAUGUCAAUGUAAACUAUGAAGAUAAUUUCUGUUUUUGCCUCUUCCGUCUUGUGAAUGAAGAGAUUUACAUUUAAUGCAAGAACGCUUUUACUGUAGAAAUAUGUUUAGUAUUGUUAGUCGCGAAAAGUAGACGUAGUUUCUAAGUUAGAAAGUUCCACAGAAACGGUGAGCCAACCACAACGGUAGCAAUAAAAACGAGAACUUCACGAAACAAAACAUGGACCGUCAAUUGCUUUGCACGUGCGUUGUAAAUCUUGGUACAUUUUUCGACCGUCCUCUAGAAAACUGCAACAUGAAAUUGACCAAAUUCUGUGUAGUGUGGAACGCGUCAACCGUGACAAUAAAUUUUUCAUGUUUCCAGUUUGAUUUCAGCAGUGCGUUUAUAGAUUCAUUUGGAGAUUAGUGCUGACGGCAAUAGCUAGACACGCUAAAUUUAGAUGGUCGAGUAAAGUAUUUUACACUAUACAACAACAUAUUCAAACACUCACGUGGCCAGCAGCCAUGCAAACUUAUUGGACCAAUGGUAUGUGGAUAUUGUGUGGCACGAUAUUGUGAAAAUUUUGAACGACAUUUUAUAGUAUUAAACUACAUAUGAGGCUAAAGGCUCUUGAAAGUGUCAAAUAGUAGCUGGUUUACUAAACGUUUCGGGCUUAGCCCUUCUUCAGUCUGAAACGUUUAAUAAACCAGCUACUAUUUGGCACUGUAAAGAAUCCUCAGCCUCACAUUUAGUUUAUCGUCAUAGUGUCACACAUAAUAUGAGUUUUUUUUUUGUUCAUUUCUACUGAUUUUAUAUUGUUCCUUUCUUGGCCCUAUGACUGAAGUAACUUGGACGGCUUGAGCGACUCCAGUAUGGGAAGUUUCCAAUAUAGCUACCAACUUUUCUACUACUGCCUGAAAGUAAUGUUCACUCCGACCCACGAUUAAUAUUUUCUUCUUUAUUAAACGACACAUUUGUAUGGCGUUGGAAAACUACCCAAAUAACGCCCGUUUGCUCGGCGGUUGGUAUGUAUAAGGUGCUGUUUUUGAAACAACAUAUAAUGCACCAAACAUGACGUCACGUGUAAACGAUAUUCAGUAUAGGUCUAAAAUGAACCUUUAUUUUUAUCUCAUCCUGGCAGUCUUUAAUGUUGUACAGAUAUAAUUUAGGCCAUCCAAUGUUUCAAUAAAUCAGUAAACUGUUAAAAGGCGAGUUUUGCUUUCACAGGAUGGUUUUUCUUCCUUUCAUUUUUGCCUACAAAGAACUCAUAUGCUACGCUUUGGACACAUUAAACUGUUUCAUUCGUGA